AGUUCAACGAGUUUCUCUGCAGCACCACAUCUGGGUUUUGAAGAACAGAGUAUAAGGUCAUCACUGUGCACAGCAUCCACCAUCAUUCAAAAGGUAAAAAUGGAUUUCUCUAGAGAACUGAGAGAGCUACGGGGUAACCAGAGUAGGGAAGAAGAAGAGGUGGUGAUUGCCGCGGAACCCAUCGCGAUGAUAGUACCACCGGAGUUGCAGGAUUUGCCGGAGACCCUAACGUUAGAGAGCAGCGCCAGUUCAAACGCCGGAGAUAAUGGCAACGGCCACCGCGAUUCACCGUCUAGCAGCUCGUCCUCUGGGAAUCAUGAGCCAGAACCGGAGAACGUGGGUGGUAUCGAACAGGGUCUGCCUGUGGCUGGGGAAUGGGAGGAUAGGGUACUCCCGAGCAGACUGAGCAACAUACGCAAAGCUCCCAAGGAUCUGCCAGCCAGGUUUAAAUUCAGGGCGGCGCUUCAUCACGAAGUAGCGAACUGCGCGCCCUCAAUAAGUGGGUACAGAAGGCUGGAGGAGAUGAUACAGGAGUACCACAUCCCGAGGACUAUAUUGGUGCGAACUGGCGGGCAGAACGAGAGGGCUUGCUCGGUGUGGCGGACGGGCUGGAUACCUGUAUAUGCAGAUCAUUUUGACGCUGGUCUGCGAUUUCCACUGCCCGGGCUGGUGUUCGACCUGCUGGCCGACUACCAGCUGGCUCUGACGCAGCUGACGCCCAAUAGCAUAAGGUUCAUCGUGGGCUUUAUGCUGUUGUGUGCAAGACUGGAGGUACCGGCCAAGGCGAUAGUGUUCAGGUCGCUGUUCUAGUGCCGGCUGUGUCCAAACUCAGGAGGGGCGAGAUGGUACUACCUCUCUGGGAGGGAUAAGAGCCAGCUCUUCAAGAACGUGAGGAAUAAAGUGGCGCGGUGGAA